AUGGAAAUAUCGGAUAACCAAAACAAUAUUGUUACUAAAUUCGACAUUCUGACCAAAAAUGUAGACGAGUUUCGUAAUAUAUUGUCGCAAUUUUCCGAAAAAAUGGUCGCUUUAGAAGAGUCUGCUACGGAUAAAAGAAAAUUCAGAAGCGAAAUUAACGUUUUAAGAAAACGCAUCGACGAUCUCUAUGCCAUCGUAAAGGAAGGAAAAGAAGACAACUCCUGUCCUAGUGACGAUAUCCAAGAAGUUGAAUCGUGUCAUUCAGAAUUUUCUUGUUCUUCAAAGGUUGCCAUGACAACCGGUCUUGACCGGGACACGAUACGGGCCGCAUAUGAAGAUGUUCGGUCUGACGCUACGCCUACUGAGUGGGCGGUGUUCAAGUUUGAAGGCUCCCGCAUCGUGUGCUCAGCGCGGGGAAGCGACUUCACCGAAUUCCGCAAGCAAUUCGCCGACGACGAACGCGCCUUUGGAUACCUCAGGUUGCAAAUGGGCGACGAGAUGUCGAAACGUCGCAAAUUCAUGUUUAUGACGUGGGUGGGGCCCAACGUUUCGGUCAUCAAUCGCGCCAAGAUGUCCACCGACAAGGCUAUCGUCAAGGAUAUAAUUUCCAAUUUCGCAGUGGAACUGCAAUUAGAGAGCCAAGCUGAGAUUGACAUCGAUCAAUUUAAAGAUGCUCUAAACAGAGCAGGAGGUGCUAACUACGGAACUGGAGUUAGAGAUUUAUGA